AUGGUCUUGAAAGUCUUGACGACGGGCUCCAUCGCUGGUCCUGUUCCUUCCCACUACGAUGCAAGUACUACAAAAGGAGCAGAACCUACGGGACAAUAUGAAGGGGCCAACAACAAAGCACCAGCCCGUGUCUCUGGUGAAGCUCACAAGCGUUUCGUGGUUGUCACGACUUUGCUCAGUCUGAUUGACCCGAAGAAGUUUCUGGACUCUUUCGCCCUGAUAUCCUCAACUUCAAGGACAGGCGGUGACACUGCUUCAGCAGUUUGUCUGGAGCAAGGCCAUCCUAGCGGGACUAUCUUGCGUCUUGCCCGGAAUCGUGGUAUUCCCGAGAAGCUUGUGAACCAGCUUCAGGAAGUUCUGGAUGAUCUUACCACGAUUGCCUUGGGAGAGAAGACAGCAAGAGACCUGGAGUACGGCAUCCUGCGCAAGGUCAUCAUCUUAACUGAGGACAAGAUUUGGUCUGUCUUGGAGAAGCUUCACCACCCAGAAGUCCUCGACACCAUCCAAUGUGCGACUGAUAGGAUGUUGGAGAAAAUUUCAGCCUCGAAUGAUGCUGAGGAAAUGACUUUCAAGCAAUGGGUCUCUAACCUACCUUUGUUGGUGUCUCUCGACCUCAGUUCAGAUCCUGAUGAGCUCAUCCCACAUAUCAAAUGGGCAUCACAAGCCAGAUGGGUCUAUUCGGAAGAAUUGGAGAAUUUCUUCGGAUGCGAGGAUGGGGAAUUGCCUCUCUGGCUUAAGCACAUCUAUAAGAUUGGGCGAUAUUACGCAGCAACGAAGGCGAUGCUCAAAUUGGCCAGAAAGCAGCCGGCUGUAUUCACUCGCAUUCAUGUUGAGCCUGUAGAUGCUCCCGAACCAGAGAAAUUUUCACUAGGGAACGAGAGAACUCCUCUUCUUACCGUGCUGAAGAAGAUCACCAAGGCUGACCCCGAAAAGCUCAAGGAGAAGUUAGGCAAAACCUGGUUCACGGAUGAUCCGGAGACCAGACUACGCCGAGCUUGCCGCAUGACACUCACUGUGCAUGCCGAGAUGCAGCUCCUCAGUUUUUACGACCACAGACCUCAUUUGACACCUCGGCUGGUAUUCAUGGGUACCAGCAAGAAAGCAUGCUACCUCUGCCACGAGUUCAUGUCCCGCCAUCCGCUCACCAUCGGUGUUUCUGCAACCCACCAGAAGCUGUACCCGACUUGGAUGCCUGCUCCGUGCUCUUCGGCCGUGCGGAAGAAGCACAAAGUCCUUCUUUGGGAAUUCAGUCGACACCUCGAACAAACGACUGCGCGUGAUCUUGAGACCAGACUGGGGAUUCAGCGGCCGGCGACCAUGGAUUCUACGGCUGGACCAUCACUGACAACGACUGGGACGGUUUCGACGGACUUCUGGUUUCAAAAUUUGUCUCUGGUUGCUCGCGAUGGGAGCGAGAAUGCUGCUUUCGAAGAGUCCGACAAGGAGUAG